AUGGCUACAAGAGGCGGUCAGCAACGUCCAAAUGGGGCAACUCAGGGCAAAAUAUGUCAGUUCAAAUUAGUAUUGCUUGGUGAGUCUGCGGUGGGCAAGUCCAGUCUGGUUUUGCGCUUUGUCAAAGGACAGUUCCAUGAGUACCAGGAGAGCACAAUUGGAGCUGCCUUCCUGACACAGACUGUGUGUCUGGACGACACAACAGUCAAAUUUGAGAUCUGGGACACAGCUGGGCAGGAGAGGUACCACAGUCUGGCUCCCAUGUACUACAGAGGUGCUCAAGCAGCCAUUGUUGUCUAUGACAUCACAAAUCCAGACACAUUUGGAAGGGCAAAAACAUGGGUGAAGGAACUGCAGCGCCAGGCAAGCCCAAACAUUGUGAUAGCCUUGGCUGGAAACAAGGCAGAUCUAGCAAACAAGAGAAUGGUGGAGUAUGACGAAGCACAGGCAUACGCGGAGGAGAACAGCUUAUUGUUUAUGGAGACCUCAGCUAAAACUGCCAUGAAUGUCAAUGACAUUUUUCUUGCAAUAGCCAAGAAACUGCCCAAGAGUGAAACAACAGGCACACCCCAGCAGAGACAACAGGGAGUCAGACUCAACAGUGAACAAGGGGCACAACAGUCAGAGGGAGGCUGUUGCAAGUAA